AUGUCCAGCACCAAAGUAUAUCGGUCCUUUACGGAUCUGCUUGGACUAAAUAAGCUUUUCUUGUCAGACAUCGGUCCAAAUUCGUUCGUCCAAAAAGCAUUGGGAAAUUGCAAAGAACAACAAAUUCUGCAAAGUUUGGGCUGCAACUCACUGGAAGAGCUAACAAAGAAAUCGUUGCCCCUUCUUUCCAAAUAUGAUAUGAUCAAUGAUGUUGACCUUCAGGCCUCGCUGUCAAAGUUGGCUCUUGAUAGCGGAAGUUCGGAGCAUUUUUUGUUGUCCAAGGUAAUUCCGAGAAUCUUGGAGCUGAACAGAGACCCGGAAAGCUAUAGCCUAUUUCUUGGACAGGGCUAUUAUGGGACUGUUCUUCCACAGGUGAUCAAGCGAAACCUGGUUGAAAACCCACAGUGGUAUACAUCCUAUACUCCUUAUCAGGCGGAAAUCAGUCAAGGCCGUUUGCAAGCCCUGUUUCUAUACCAGCAUCUAAUUACCGAGUUGACGGGCAUGGAUAUUGCAAAUGCAAGCUUGUUGGAUGAGCCCAGUGCCGCGGUAGAGGCGAUUUCGGUUUCACUGGCACUUGGGCGUCGGAGGAAAAUCUGGGCGUGUAAAAAUAUUUUUGCACAAACCAAGCGCGUGUUAAUUGGCAAGGCAUCGAUUUUUGACGCCGAAAUUGUUUUUGGCAGUGUUGAUUGUGCGGGAAAUCUGUUUCCGCCAUUGGAUGAUUCCUACUCCUGUGUGUUUCUUGUCAUUGCUGAAGCGUGCCACCGUUUCGGGGUAGUUUUGAUUUUUGCUGUUGACCUGUUGUCGCUUACCCUUUCAAUGCCCCCACAUAUGGCAGACAUUGUGGUUGGAUCUUCGCAGCGCUUAGGAAUGCCGCUAGGAUAUGGCGGCCCCGGCGCUGCGUUUAUCGCUUGCAAGAUGAAGUAUGCCCGGAAAUUGCCGGGAAGAAUCGUGGGAGAAUCGAUCGAUUCGCAGGGAAGAAAGGCAUACCGGCUAUCUCUCCAGACGCGAGAACAGCAUAUUAGGAAAGAGAAGGCAACUUCCAACAUUUGCACAGCCCAAGUUUUACCGGCCCUGGUGGCUACCUUUUACUCCAUAUAUCAUGGACCCGAGGGCCUGGUCGCUAUUGCAUGUCGAAUACGGUUUUUCGCUCACAAGUUAUGGCAGACGCUUUCUUCGUUCGGAUAUUCCUUUUUUGACGAGGAUUUUUUUGACACCUUGGCACUCAAAAUAUCAAAUGCAUCUUCAGUGGUCUCUCAGGCACUUGAUAUGAAUAUUGCACUAUGUUGCGUCGGUGAUGAUGGCGAUACCGUUUUAAUAUCCGUGUCGGAGGUCACUACUAUCCAGCACCUUUUAGACUUGUGUGUAUUUUUUGCAUCGCUUUCAAACAGGGAGCUCGAUGUAGAGCAAUUGGCAGAGCAAUUUCAGGCGUAUCGAGCCAUCGAUCCCUCGUCUUUACAGAAGAGACCAAAGUUUUUGCAGUCACAAGAGUUUUUGUGUUUCCAUUCAGAACAGGCAUUCACUAGGUUUCUAUUUUCUCUCGCAAAAAAGGAUAUCUCGCUUGUUGACAAUAUGAUUCCGCUCGGAUCGUGUACUAUGAAGCUGAACCCAUGUUCGGCCCUUGCGCCGUUUACUAAUCCGCUCUGGAACAACAUACAUCCACUUGAUCUCAAGUCGAUUCUGCUAUUUCUGACCGGCUUUGCUGACAUCACUUUUCAGCCGGCAUCUGGUGCCCAAGCAGAAUUUACGGCUCUUUCGAUGAUCAAAAAAUACCACGGCAGCCGCAGAAAGACGUUGUGUCUGAUACCGGAAUCGGCACAUGGAACCAACUUUGCCAGUGCCUCGUUGGCUGGGUUUGAGAUUCGGAAAAUUAAAUGUCAAUCGGCGACGGGGUCCAUCGAUAUGGACUCGUUGGUAGAGUGCAUUUCAAAAGCCGAAUUUGAGGAUCCAGUCCAUGGUCUUGCUAGCAAUAUUGCAUGUAUGAUGAUCACGGUGCCCUCGACAUAUGGAAUUGAGGAGCCCAAUUUGAAGCUUAUUUGCCAGAAAAUCCAUGCUGCUGGCGGGAUUAUGUAUUUGGAUGGUGCCAACCUUAAUGCUUUCUUGGGCAUUGCGCGCCCAGCAGACCUCGAUAUUGACAUGAUGCACAUCAAUAUGCACAAGACUCUCUCCAUUCCUCAUGGAGGAGGCGGGCCUGGAAUGGGGCCAUUGCUUGUAAACGAGAAGAUCAGGGAUUUCCUACCCACGCACCCUUUUCCCUCCUUUGAAGGUGGGAACUGUUCUUCACUCGGUAUUGAGGCCAUUUCGGGAGCACCCUAUUCGUCUACCUCUCUGCUGAUAAUCCCAUGGAUCUACUUGAGGUUAUUGGGGUACUAUGGGACCAGAAAGUCAUCCCAGCAUGCCUUGGCAAACGCCAACCACUUGGCAAAGGAAUUAGAAAAGAGGGGUUUUAGUGUGCUUUUCAAAAAUCCUUUCGGAUACGUGGCCCACGAGUUUGUGGCAAGGCCAACGGCAUUGUCGACCUUUCCCGUCACACCAACGGACAUUGCCAAACGAUUGCAAGAUUACGGAUAUCACGCUCCCACUGUGUCGUGUCCAAUUUCAGAUGCCUUGCUUAUUGAGCCGACGGAAAGUGAAAGCAUUACAGCUAUCAACGAGUUUGCUACCGCCAUGGGGAGCAUUGCAGCCGAAAUCGAGGAGGGACGAAUCGAGUUACUCAAGGAAUCUCCGCAUUCGACAUUGUCUGCAAUUUCUUUCCAUGCCACACCGGUGGGCCGGGUCAACGAGGAGUAUGGAGACACCCGCCUCAACUGGGCAUGCUGCUGCAAAGUAUUUUUGUCUUUAAAUGCUGGUCAAAAUCAAGGUUUGUCGCUCGUUUUACUUAAUCCGUAG